GUUGAGGUCCCACCAUCGAAGAACAGCCGAGGAGAACAGAGCAAUCAGAGCGUUCUCAUGGAAAGAUCAGUGCUGCACAAGAAACUGGACGAUAUGAUAAGUUCGCUGGUGAACUGGAAGUCGGAUAAGCGGCUGCCGAUACCGGAGCCGGAUAUGGUGGCCAUGCUGAAUGUCGCACGACAGGUGCUGCUCUCUGAGCCCAUGCUGCUGUCGGUGCAGCCUCCCGUUAAUGUUCUCGGGGAUAUACACGGACAGUUCCGGGAUCUAUUGCGCUACUUUGAGACAUCGGGUCAUCCACCGAGUAAGCGAUAUCUGCUGCUGGGCGAUUACGUGGACCGAGGCCAGUUCUCGGUGGAGACCCUCACCCUUCUGCUGGCCUACAAAGUGCGCUAUCCGACGAGUGUGCACCUGCUGCGCGGCAACCACGAGUCGGCGAGCAUCAACCAUUACUACGGCUUCUAUGACGAGUGCAAGCGCCGCUUCACGGUGCGCCUGUGGAAGAAUUUCGUGGACACGUACAACUGCCUGCCCGUGGCGGCGGUGAUUGACUCGAAGAUCUUUUGCUGCCACGGCGGACUGAGUCCCGCGCUGCACGAGCUCAGCGACAUACACGACAUCGAGCGGCCAGUGGAGGUCAAGCAGAAUGGGUUGCUGUGCGAUCUGCUCUGGUCCGAUCCGGAUCCCGCCGUCACCACAUGGACAAAGAACUCGCGCGGCGUCAGCUUCACCUUUGGCGUGGAGCAGGUGGAGGCAUUCCUCACGCGAUUCAACUUUGAUCUGGUCUGUCGGGCGCAUCAGGUGGUGGAGGAUGGCUACGAGUUCUUUGCCAAGCGGCAGCUCAUCACCGUCUUCUCGGCGGUCAACUACUGCGGGGAGUACGACAAUGCGGGGGCCAUGAUGUGUGUGGAUCCCGAUCUCAAUAUCACUCUGGUGGUGAUGAAGCCCAAGAAGCACGAACCAGAUCACAGGAAGAAGCCCAUAGUGGAGGGAGCACCACCGAACAUGCUAGCCGGCUGAGACCGGCACAAGUUGUCUCUUUCCC